AUGACGGUGCUGCGAUCACGGGCGGACAAGGCGUACGUGCUCGGCGUGUCUCGCGGCGGUUGCAAGAAUGGCGGCUGGGUUCAGAUGUGGGAGCAAGAUUCGCAGCAUAACAAAUUAGUCCAGUGGGUAGUGCACAAGGGUGUGCUCCGCGCGAGGGCUGAUUUGAGAUACGUGCUGUGCAUCACGCAGGACGCGUGCAGGAACGGGGGCUGGGUGCACAUGUGGGAACAGGACGAUGAUGUUGAUAUAUACGGGCAUUGGAUCAUCGAUGGCAGCUACAUUCGUGCCAUGGCGGACCCAGGCUAUGUCCUCUGCGUUCGCCAGGAUGGGUGCACCCAGGGGGGACGCCUGCACAUGUGGUCAUACGAGGAGGCGCCGGACGUCUAUGCGGAGUGGGAGUUCGAGAGCGGAGCGGUGGCUUCGAUCUCCGCCCUGACGAAGGGCUCGUGGCUGUCCGCCGAGUGCUCCAGAGAGAUCGUGGAGGAGAUCGGGAAGAUCACCGAUCUGGACCCGGGCUGGCUCGCGUGCGCGGCCCGUGUCGGCGCGACCCCGUUCAGGCCGGCUGGCGAGGGGCCUCUAGGCGGACCAUCGUCUACCACCUCAAGACUGCGCUGCAGUUCAACGAGCGCGCCGCGGCGCUGCUCCCGCAGGGGAGGCGACUGUGCGUGGCAGGGGCCGCCGUCGACCUGCGCAGGGAGCCGUUCCUGGAGGGCCUUGAGGCCCUCGUCCUGCUGCUGGACGGGCUGUGCUGGAGGCUAG